UAGUGUAGGACUAAAGACAGAAUACCUUUUCACAUCAGUUAUUUGGCUCAAUAUUUAUGCGAACAAGACAGUGUAGCUAAAAAUAGAGAGUUAAGAAAACCUUGGUGGAACCGCUCAACACUUCCUCAUCACUAAAACUAGAGAACUGUACAUGUUGUGGUUAGGUAAGGACAGUGACAACAGGACAUUAAAGCAGCAGCAAUCUAACAAACUGAUGCAGUGCAAGGUUUUUCAACAAGUGAUGGUAUCUGUGUAAUUCACAUACUUCUGCUAUAUGGGGGAAGAGUACAGGUUGCACAAGUGACAGACCCAAAGCCGCGCCAAAGACCCGAAGCCGCACCAAAGACUUGAAGCCGCGCCAAAGACCCGAAGUUGAAGUCCUGAAGCAACGAAAAGACCCUAAGCUACGAAAGGAAACCGAAGAAGCUGAAGAAGAACCUAAGCAAGUAAAUCACUACCUUCGGAGACACAAGAAUUCCCUUCGAGGACCGAGAAGGAUUUCCAAUGUCUGACAAAGCUUUUCUUCCUGGAGAACAGUGUAUUACAAAGACAGACAAUACCAAACCAAAACCAAAAGAGCUAGCAUUUCAUAAAGGAGAUCUGAUCACUAUAGUCAGUACCUGUCAGGAAAAAGGUUGGUAUUAUGCCCAUCAUCAUGGCAGUAGUAUGGAAGGUUUAAUCUGGUCCAGUGCAAUGCGUGAACGACCCCCUAUCAAGGUGGAUGCAAAACUUAGCCUAAUGCCAUGGUUCCAUGGGGCAAUAUCAGGAGUUCAAGCUGUACAACAGCUGUUGCCCAAGGAAAAUGGUUUAUUCCUGGUGAGAGAAUCAGAGCGGCACCCCGGAGACUAUGUAUUGUGUGUGUGUUUCAAAGAUGAGGUAACCCACUACCGAAUUUCUAAUCAGGGUGGAAGACUGAGCAUUGACCUUACACAGAACUUUAGCAACCUGAUGGACAUGAUUGAGUAUUACUCUACACAUCAAGGGGUCCUAACCACAAGACUUGUAAAACCCAAAUGCAAACAGGGAAUUAUUUCAGCAGAACAGAAACUUGCCAAAGCUGGGUGGUUGCUUAAUUUUCAGAAUUUAACACUGGGGAAGAAGAUUGGAGAAGGAGAGUUUGGUGAUGUCCUGCAGGGAGAAUAUAUGGGUCGUCCUGUAGCCAUUAAAAACAUUAAAUGUGACAUCACUGCACAAAAUUUUCUCACAGAAACAGCCACAAUGACUAAACUGCAGCACAAAAACUUAGUGAAUUUGCUUGGAGUCAUCCUUGAAAACGGGUUACUGCUGGUGAUGGAACUAAUGAGCAAGGGAAACCUUGGAAAUUAUCUACGGUCCAGAGGAAGAAGUAUGGUACCUCCCUGUCAACUUCUCAUCUUCUCCAUGGAUAUUGUUAAAGGAAUGGAGUACCUAGAACUAAAACGGCUUGUGCAUCGGGACCUGGCUGCCCGAAAUAUUCUGAUAUCAGAAAAAGGAGAAGCCAAGAUAAGUGAUUUUGGUCUGUGUAAGCCACAGCUACAGCAAGAUGAUCUCAGCAGACUUCCCAUUAAAUGGACUGCACCAGAGGCACUGCAGAAUAAUAAAUUCUCUUCCCGCUCAGAUGUAUGGAGUUUUGGUGUUCUGCUGUGGGAGAUAUAUUCAUAUGGACGGGCACCAUAUCCCAAAAUGUCAGUAAGAGAAGUGAUUGAAGGGGUGAAGAAAGGAUACCGCAUGGAGGCUCCAGAAAACUGCCCACCAGUGAUAUACAGCAUUAUGAAAAGUUGCUGGGAGUCUGACCCAGGAAAACGACCUACUUUCAAGAAGCUAAAAGAAAAAUUAGAAACGAUGGGAAAUUAAAGGCUUGCACACACUUCAUCUUUUCCCCUACUAUAAGGCUGCUAAGUCCACAUGCUGAAAACAUGAAUCGCAUAUAGGCUGUGGGAUAUAGGAUGUUUCUGCUGCCACUUUCAGGUUUACUAAUCUCUUCACAUGCAUUAAUGGAACUAGAUUUUCGAUACUGAUUAACCAAAUGAAUUUACUUUCAGUCAAAACUAUAGUCUGAGGGGCUCAUAAAUGAAACAAAGGUUAUAUCUGGCAGAAAAUUACAUUAUACUGUAGAAAAUUUAUUUUUAAAAUGGCAGACAAGUAGGUUUCUUAUGCAGGAAAGAGACAGGGACACAAAAAAAUUUAGAAAAAUAAAAUUUUGCCUUUUAUUUAUUCAACUGAAAAACACAUAAAAGAGGUACUUGUCUUCAUAUGUCAUCAAAAUACUGUAUAUAACAGUCUCUCUCACAAGAGAGAAUGUAGUCUUCUAGGGUCUCUCCCAGACCCUUGACCACCACAAGGUUUGCACCUUGUUACUCACAGUUCAGAGAUGAUUAAAGGGUCUAUUCACCUUUGAGUUAAGUUUAAGGGGGUUACUGUAUUUAUCAAAUAAUUAUAAUUAUCAAAAAAUGAUUAUC